CACUGGACGUUCAAUUAUGAAGUAUACAGUUUUUCUGUGUUGCGUGUUAUAUUUAAGAGCAGUUCAAGGCCAUGUACUUUUGGAUUGGGAAAAAAGACAUCCUGCGUUUGAUCCUAAACUAUACGAAGAAGCUUUGGAUCCAGAAGAAUGUCAAAAGCAACUGGAAUUUUUAAGUUCAAAUUUUCUCUUAAGGAUACAGUUCGUAGAAUCUGGAUUGCGAAUACCAAGAAGCAUCUUAAUGGGCAAUUUAGUCGAUAUGGGCAACUAUUUGCAAUGCCUAAGUAUCAACGAAAAAGUGGAAGACAUGACAAUUGAAGGGAAAUAUUGUUCUGUCUCAGUACCUAUUGGCAACACUUAUAACGCAGCUUUUGAAGGCUAUAACAGUUUUAAUCCAAAUGAUUUGCAAAUAGAUAACGAAACGAGGACAGCUUUGGUGGAAUUGAAUGAGAUUAAAACUCAACUAGAUUUCGUGUCGGGUCAAUCAGAGAAAAGACGAUCUAAAGUAGCUUUUGAAACAGACAUGGAUAUAUCAUUUUCUCUGGCAGUUUGCGUACCGAAACCAUGCACAUCCCGGGAAGGUAUAAACGGCCUUCUGUUCAACCUAAGUCAAGUUGAUUUUCAUUUCGAAGAGAAAUUUUGUAGAUUUAAAGACGAUAAACCUUGGGCUCCCGUUGACUAUGUUGCUAUCGCAAUAUUUUCUUUCCUUGGACUGUUGACAUUGUUAAGUACUUCCUACGAUCUAUGGCAGACGAAAUAUUUGGGGAAAGAUCCGACAACAGUGAGUACUGUAGGUCGAUGCUUCUCUGUUUAUACAAACGGCCGUCGCCUUACAACUUUCGUCUCGACUCCUGAUACUUUGGAAUGUGUUGACGGGGUCAGAGCUAUAGCAAUGAUAUGGGUCGUCAUUGGUCAUGGAUUUAUAACAUUUCCACCAGUGAUCAACGCUUUGGAUACCAUUGACUUCAUCAAAUCAUACAAGUCUUCCUGGAUUACUGCUGCCAUCAUCACUGUGGAUACAUUCUUCAUGUUGAGUGGAAUGCUUGUGGUAUAUUCUACUGCUGGAAAAUUGACUGGUAUGAAACUAUUAAAGAAUCUGCAUAUGUUCUACUUGCAUCGACUCCUGCGUAUGUUUCCAUUGCUAGCUGCUUUGGUGUUGAUACAAGCUUCAAUUGCUCAUAGGAUUUCUGACGGGCCCCUAUGGGACAGGAUCGCAUGGGAGACAGAUACUUGCAGAAUGUACUGGUGGAAUGUGCUUUUAUAUAUUCAAAACUAUGUAGGUCCUAUGUGCCAAGGCCACACCUGGUACCUAGCUAUUGACAUGCAUCUGCACAUAAUCUCACCGAUCGUCCUGUUUUGGGUACUGAGCAAAAAUAAAAAUGCUGCAUGGAUGUCACUUGUACUUGGGCUACUCGCAUCUCUUGUAGCAUCUACUAUAUUUAACUUCAUCAACGACUUCCCUGUACUCUCUGGUGCUGCUGGACGAACUCAAGAAGAGAGUCAAAACUACCAGAGACGCUACUAUAUUAAUACAUUAACAAGAGCCUCACCAUUUUUUGUGGGGAUGAUCUUUGGGUACUUACUGCAUAUUUGGCGCGGACAAAAAUUACGAAUAUCAAAGAUAUUCGCUGUAAGCAUGUGGACUCUCGCUUUGACACUCACAACAUGCGCUAUGAUGGCCCAGGAGCCGGCUAGAAGAGAUGGCUUCAGCAAUCAGACUUAUGAGAAUUUCACCAACUCCUUCAUGAGACCAGCCUGGGCUCUGGGAUUGGGAUGGAUAAUCUUCGCCUGUGUUAAAGGAUAUGGUGGUCCAGUCAACUGGUUCCUCUCACUGCAAAUGUGGAAAUUGCUAUCACGGUUGUCCUACUCUAUAUAUUUGUUCCACUACUCUAUAUUGUUCAUCAUUCGAGGGUCUGCGUUAACGCCAAUUUUCUUCUCUGAAGCAUAUGGGAUCUACAUAUUCUUUAGCCAAUUUGUACUAUCAUUUGUUGUCGGUUUCGCUUUGACUCUCAUCAUAGACUCACCGUUUUCGACGAUAUUCAAAUUACUAUUAAGCGGAGGCCCAAAAACAUCACACGCGCCCGCGCCGAGGGAGCCCGUUCAAAGACUUGGAGAUAAGCAUGACAAUAAUACUUUUAAAAAUUAAAGACACAUGUGUACUAGCC